AUGGAUUUGAUGCGGCACAGUUUACCUAACGCCGCUCAAUAUCUUGAGGAAGUUGGUUACGCUAGAUGGGCACGAUCGCACUUCUCUAGAUUGCGUUACAGUGCAAUGACUUCCAAUAGUGUAGAGUCCGUCAACUCAGUAACCCAGUUUGCACGUUACCUUCCCAUAACAAUCUCAAAUGAUGAAUGCAGUGACUCCUUGGGGGCGAAAAUAGAAAAGAGAAUCCAUAGGAGUGCAAAUUGGAAGGUAUAUCCCAUUAGUGAUUUGUUGUUUGAAGUUGAUGACAGGUAUAAGAAAGGAACGUGCGAUUUGCAUGAUAAGACUUGUACAUGCAUGCAAUGGCAACUUUCUGGUAUAGCUUGCGCUCAUGUGAUAUUUGUUGUUCGAAGUUUAGAUAUUCAAGACUGCAGUCAAUUUUGUUUUGUUUGGUUCAACUCUGAUUCUUAUCAUGCAACAUACGAGGAGGAAGUAAUUCCCCUUCCACCAGAAGCUGAAUAUGUGUUGCCCAACGAACGUAUGACCGUCCUACCACCUCCCUUGGACAUACAAAACUCUGGCAGGCCACGUAACCGCGAUUGUAUCCCGUCACGAGACGAGAAACCAAUAGUGACAACUUGCAGUCGAUGCCACCAGAGUGGACAUCUUCGAUAUAAUUGUCCGAGUCCGAUGCCAGCUCCUAGGCUGGCGUACGGAAGUUCAAGUAAUCGUCAAAGAUCAGUUAGUCGACCAAUCGAUUGUGGUUCGUCUCAACCUGAUACUACACAAGACUAUGUAUUUGAUACUUACGAUUUAAGUAAGUAA